AUGGCCGAUGAAUCAGACGAUGACCUCUAUGGAGACACUACCGCCGAGCAAAAGGACAUUGGAAAGAAAGAGGACGACGGUUCCAGCGGCGACGAGCCCAUGGACGAGGGUCAGGAUUCGGGCGACGAUGAGGACGACGAUAGUGAAUCGGACCUCGAGAUUAUCAUCGAUAAGCCAGCAGUAGCGCCCAAGCCUGCAGUUCAACAACAACAGCCCCAAGCAUCCAAAGCCAUAAAGAUCGAGGCACCGCCGCAGUCCUCCUCUGCGCCCUCACAAGCCCCAAGAACAAUAGCAACAGGCACAGUGCCCCAGCUCCUGCCAGGCACAGCCUACCCCGCCCAACGCACCUCCAACAUUGAUGUCAAUGGCAACCCCGUCUACCCACCCCACGCAAAGGAAAUCCUUUCCGUCGACAUGGAAGCGGAUAUGGCCGAAGAGCAGAAGAUUUGGCGGCGAGCAGGUGAAGACCAAUCCGACUACUUCAACUAUGGCUUCGACGAGUUCACCUGGGAAAUGUACCGCCAGCGACAGACAUCCAUGGCACAGGCACUACAACAGCAAAAGAACGACAUGGUACAGAUGCAGCAGAUGAUAGGGCCGAUGCCGACUAUGCCCAACAUGCCGGGACCGGCCCAAGGCGGUGCCCCAACGGGUGCGCCGUCCGGGCCUGGUGGAGGUGGAGGUGGAGGCGGCGGAGGCGGAAUGGGCAUGAAUGAACAGGCACAAAUGGAGAUGAUGUUCCAGCAAAUGGCGAGUCAGGGCAUGGAUCCAAGCCAGAUGGACUUUGCCUCUUUCAUGCAAAUGGCAGGGCAGGGCAUGGGUGGUGGAUUUGGUGCUCCCAGCGGACAGCAGGGAGGGGGCUUUCAACAAGGCAAUCAUGGUGGCGGGGGUAGGGGCGGAAGGGGUGGAAGAGGGAGAGGGUGGUGA